AUGUGGUUGGAAAAUAAUGAAGCUGAAAUUCCUUAAGAUUAUGGCAAACUAAAAUAAUAAAACAUUAAACUAAGAAACGAGUUGAAGCAAAUAAACGAGUUUCUUUCAAAAUAAAUCGAGAAAAAAUAGGAUCAACAAAUUAGUUAAAGACAUUAAUUGAAUACUACUGUAGAUUUAAGAGAAGGUUUGUUUCAUUACUAAUUUAGACACUCUCAAAGCAGAAUUACUCAAUGCUUAAAAAUAAAUAAAGAUUCAAUUGAAAUAAAUUUAAAUUCUAUAAAAUAGACAGGAAUUACUAUCAUUGGAUAAGUAAGCAUAAACAAUUAAUUGUAGCAUUGUUCAAUUGCAAUCGUAAGUUAAGAAAUUAAUGGAUAAAGUAAAGGAACUUGAACAAGAAAAUAAGAUCUUGAGUAGCAUAAAUGGAAAACAGGAAAAAAAGUUAAUUGAGCUAUCUCAAGAUGAUUAUGUAAAGAAUCGAAUCGAUUAAUUGGAAUCGGAAAAUUAAUUUCUAAAAUAGAAAGUAAUUGCCCAAAGUAAGGCUGAACGAUCGUAAUCUGUUUAAGUAACCAAAAUUGAACCAAUCUUGAAACCUAUUCAAUUAACUUAGAAGUAACAAGAGUUAAUGAAAGAAAAAGAUCUCUUUAUUGUAUUAUUUAAAUGAUAUAAUCCAUAGAAUUAAUUGCAAACAAAAUUAUAGGAAUAGGAUAAGCAUAUCAACAUUUUGAAAAACCUCAAAACCUAAUAUGAUAAACAAAUUAGUCAAAUGGCUCAUAGAAUUAAAUAACUUGAGACUCAAUUGUUGAUAUUAGGUCAACAAUUAUAAGAUAAGGUAAUUUCAGUUACUUAUUCCAUAGAAUUCAGAAUUGAACAAAAAGAACCAUUUAUUGCCAAAUCUAAGUGCUAGAAAUCAGAGACAUCAAUAACAAAAAAUCAAUUUGAGUGUUGAUAAUGGUUUAUUAGUUGAUUAGCCUAAAACUCAAGUUUAGAUAAAUUAACAAUAUUCAAAAUUGCCCUCUGAAGUCUAAUCUAGACGUUAACCAGCUUUAGAUUUAUCAUCGUAAACAUUACGAAGCUAAAAUUUCAUAAAUAAUGAAUUAAAUCAGGAUAUAAAAAUACUCAGAAUAGAAUAAGUAGGGUAAAAAAACUAAUAAGAAUUUCAUUUUGACAUACCAUAAUAUUUUAGAUUACAUAAUCUAAAAUUAUGGUGGAAGGAGGAUUAUUUAUAAGGUUUACAGGCUUAUUAUCAUUCUGCUAACUAAAUCGUGAAUGGUUAAAUAUUCUGUUAGAGCAAUUUAGAAGAAUUAAAUCAACAAUCCUUUGAAUUACAUUAAUCAGACUGGAUCCAUUAAAUUGGAGUUGGUUUUGAAAGCAAUAAAAUAAGUACAAUAUAUAAUUUAAUGUCAUAUAGAAUUCGUUAAGAUAAUUUCAAAUUAAAAUUGUGUUUUGAAAUUUGGUUCUGAAAUGGAGAAAAUUCAAGAAAUUUGUUCUGGGAAAAAUGAAAUAAUGGGUACUAUUGAAGUCUCGUUUAAUUAAUGUAAGAUCUAUAUAGCCAUAUUAUAGUGUUUAUAGCAAGUAUAGGCCUUAAGGUAUACGAUGAGAAAUUAUUUGAUAAAAUAUGA